AGGUCCUUCGAUUUGUCUUUUUUCUGAAACUGUACCAUUGACCAUUUUCCAACCAGAAGAAGAUCUUGUUCGUCAACUUUUUUGGCAUUUCUCUACCUUUCCCGACACGCGACAUUCUUUUGAUAACCAGAACCGCGACGUGUCUUUUAGAAAUAUAAGCCACCACGACCUGCUCGGACGAAAGCAAAACGCGACUAAACUGUUUCACCUUCGAUAAUCACAACUACGAGCUUCUUCAUAACUGAUUCAGGACAGGCUCUCUACGCUGCGAAGAAUCUCACAAUUUUGGUGAAGACAUAAUCGAACCUUUAUCCAACGAAAUAAAACUUCGAACACAACCAGUCGCAUCGCGGCUCGGUUUCAGAUAAUUUCUUAGGCGAGAUUAGAGAUAAUUGUGAAAUAGUUUUUCCUGUACUACUUCUACUUCUUCUAGAGGUCCGUCGUGUCUUCUAUUGGUACUUAUUGAAAGCUGGUCGUGAGCAAAUAACUCCUAUUGCAUUAUUGCAUUGAAGCUUGUCGUGAAGACGAGCCAGGUUCUUUUAGUAACCGUAAACGCAGCUUGUCAAAACAACUACCGCGAAAAUGGCAGAUCAACAGGAGAAGUACACGAAGAUGUGCCAGAAGCUGCACCUAUGCCGGCAGAAAUGUUGAUGCGUGAGUUUUUUUUUCUGAAUAUAAAUCAAGGGGAAAGUGUGAUGAUGAUGAUGAUGUCUGUCAUGCAUGGUACAAGGCUACAAACGGCCUGGAAAUAAAGGCAAAAUUCAAUCGCUGGUUAUAAUUUGUGCAUGAGAGAUGAAAGAAAUCGAAGUUGUCAAAAUGCGAAUUCAGCAUGACAAAUCACGAAAAAAACUCAACACCAAUUUCUUCGCUCCAUACUGGAAGCUCGGCUGCUGGGAUCCUCACAUGAUUACGCACAGUGUGAUGUGUGGCCACCGUGACCCACGGUAUAGAAGUUGUUUCUCUGCAUAGAAGAAUGUUAAAACUCGAUGUUCUUGCUGAGCCGCAUGAGAAAGUGUUUUACCAUACGGUCUUCUGCAUGUUGAAAAAGAACUAGAACUCCGACCAAAGAUUUCAUCGUCCCCACAAAUUCAAAUAAAAAACAGUCUUCCGAAGUCCGGUAAGCUGGAGUGCAAAAACGAUGAGGAUCUGGAGGGACUUUACGACGCGAUUGACCACUUCCACCAGCAGCGGCAACCGUUGACACUGUGUGAGAUGGCGACACCCGUUUUCAAAUACUACCAGGAUGUGGAUGUCUUGCUCCCGCACGUGAACUGUCUGGAAGAAAUCUCCGAAAUUGAGGCGGUAUGGAUGUUUUUUUAUCGAUGCUGUAUUGAUCGCUUCGCAUGACAAAUUUCAAUUUUUUGAUCCUGUUAUGUAGCAUUCCGCAUGAGAAAUGCAUUUCAUUCCUGACAUUUCCGCAACACAAACUUGAAAACCCUUCUUCAACAACUAUGACAGCUUUGGAUGGAGUGCUUGAUCCGUUGCCAGGCCGCGGUGCUCGGUGUCAUCUGGCGCACCCAAGACGCCCUGGGCUGCGACAAGGCCUUGGACAGCACUUUGGUGAACGUGUUCGCCUCGUCCGGGUUUGCGAAAAGGUACAACCUGUUCAAAAUUUCCCUGCACUUCAUCUGGGAAGAACUCCACGUCUCUAUCCUAUGUAAAAACGUCCCCAUCCCAUGUUUGUCAUGCAAUUCUGCUCGCUCAAAAUGUUUCUCAUGCGGAGCGCAAUGAGAAUCAUUCUGUAGUCGUUUUUUGGAAUUUGUAAUGCUCCAAUCAGCAUAAUAAUUUAGAUCUGUGAUGCUGCUGAACAAGCUAAACAGGAGUCUAGCAUCAUUGCCAUCUUGACUAGGGGAUGGGGACGUUUUUGCUCAGGAUAGUCUCCUCCCACGAAUCCAAAGCCAUCCGUAACGCCAACCUCGCCUUCGUCGCGUCGAAGCAGUGCGGUCCCCUGCACCGGUUACUUGCCAACGCGCACAAGGUAUCGCACGAAAAACGUGUUACAGUUACACAUUUCUAUAUGGAAUUUCUGCAUCACAAAGUUGCUCGACAUGGCAAAGCAAAUAACCUGUGUUGCGCAGACAACUACAAGGGAAAACUACACGCAUGAAAUGAGGCUGGCAAGCAUUUCGUGCAUGACAGAGGGUGUCUGUCUUGCUGGUCUUCCAUGAGAGUGUGCAACUGUAACACUUUUAUUUCCUUUCGAUACAAGGGAGAAGACCCGACUCUGAACGGACAGAAGAACCCGUGGGAGGACAUUCUGGAUAAGGCCUCGUCCGAAGGGUCUUCGUUGCGGAUGCCGUUUACGGACAAGGCACUGAAGGUGGACAAGAAAGCGGCGUUCCGACAGGGUAUUAAGUUAGGACAAAUGUUUGUAUUGCAUAGUUGUUGGCACCAUAUAAGAAUUUACGUGUGCACAGUAGUUGGCAUACAAUUACCGGAAGAAGAUGUAAUCGUAAAAACGGAAAUAAAAAAACAAACAACAGUCGACACCAAUGAUGUGAUGGAGGGUCGUCCCAAGCUCCCCGUGGCCUGCUACCGGGUGCAACUGGUCCCGGGUGACCCAGGUAAGUGCGCGUUGAAGCCGGUUGCGUUGGUGAAGAACUACAGCCGCAAGCAGUGGAUUGAACGGGGUAGCGUCCGACUGCCGCCCGAUGCAAAAAUCUCCGCGAUUUGGUACUAAAAAGUUGCUUUCAUAAACUGUGUCGAGUGCGUGAAAAAGAAAAACCACUUUGUACGAUGAUCAGCCCUGAUUAAGAUAUUGAAGUUCUUUUGAAAUCAUGGAGAUGUUUUUUUGGUGCGUCGAGCAACAGCAGCACGUCUGGUUAAGUACUAGCAGAUUGUGAUGCACCAGCACAUGAAAUGUUAUCAAUCAAUGAUCAAAACAGGUUGCCCUCCACGUUGAUGCCAGAACCGGCGAAGGCGAUCGUCGUGCAGAACGUGAACCGACGAAACAUGACCAAGGAUCAGGGCUACGGCGCCGAUCAGUGGCAGCAGCAACGUAUAUAGGUUUUUGUAAUGCGGAAGGGGGAUGGAGUUUUCAGUUUGUGAUGCGGGAAGAUUCACAAAUGAAAUUAAAAUUAAUAUUUCUCGAUGUUCUUCUAUCAGGUGGUUCCGGCGGCAAGGGUCGCAAGGGGGGCGGUAAGACCUACAAGGGUUCCGGGGGCAACAAGCGCACAAAGCCGAAGCCGAAGCCGCGUGACGAGUCUACCUGGAUCGCGGACAACCUGCGUGGGUACUGGAUAUGCAAUGCAAAUAUUUCUGGGUGCUGUGGAUUUGUGAUGCGAAACGUCAAGGACAACAAGGGUUUGUGAUGCAGAAAUACGAUUGGCAAGUUUUUUUUGUCGUGCUGGAUAUGGCAGUCUGUGAUGCUAAAUACGAAUGAAAACUACACGACGAAAACUUUCAUGCAAACAUUCCGUACCAGCAGUCAGUCUGCAAUGCAAGUAUCCGCAACACAAGUUUUCAGACAUCCAGGGACGAUAUUUGCAAUGCAUACUGGAUGGACGAUUAUGACAACGUGCUCAACGUGUGGGUCGAGCAGUCUACCGGGCAAAUUAAGGUCUACCGAGGCGAUUCCAACAUGCAGAUUGGCACGAUUUCCGUCGUGGAUCCGAACGAGUUCCCGAUCAAGCUCUACUUCAGCGAGGAGAGAAGCCGCAGUUUGUGGGUGUUGGAUUACAAGGGCGACAACGAUUUGCAGGGAACGUGGAAAUCCAACGACGGAAGUAUUUCUUGAUUUGUUUGCUUAUUGAUGUUUAUGUUGAAGUUGUGAUUUGUGAUGCGAUUGACGUGUUAAGCGGAAAUGUGUUUGUCAUGCAGCGUACCGUAGGUAGGGAAAAAGAAAAAGCAAGCAUCCACUGGCUGAAUAAAAAUUUGUGAUGCAAGAAAUCGCAUUAGUGAUUCGAUCUGUCAUGCACAAACUGCACUACAGACCCGAAGUCCGACUGGAACUGGCGACGACCGGCGGUGUACAAGAAGACGGAAUGGCCGCGGUGGGGCGCUUAUCCAUGAUAAAAAAUCUACUGAUUUUGUGCGAUCUGUCAUGCUGAAAUGGCAUCAGUGUAGAGGUCUGUAUUGGAGGAAGAGCAAAAGUAAUUUCAUCACAAACACCUCUACCGCUGGUACGAUCAGCAUCACAAAUCCCGCACAGGAACGAUUUUUAUCGUGGAUAAACGACGUGUGUUGUUGAACAUCUCCGGGUCGGUCGACGGACCAAACCGAACGGUCGCUUUAGGUACAGAUAAUAACUUCUCAGUCAUAUCAUGCUUGAAAAAGGUCAUUCGUCACGCAGAAAUCGCGAAGUACGACAAUUCCUGAGUAUUGAAAUUUGGAGUCGCAGCUCAAGAGGAAGCUUUAGUGCAACUUCCACUCCCAACACGAUCUUCCAGGUGUCGUCAUUAACGCGGUUGGUGUGCAGGCGGAGGCCCCGAACGUAAAACAGAUGUGGCACGGGUCCCUCCGAUUGGACGCACAGGACUUGCCAGAAUCUGGUGAAAUCACGGUCCCCAUGGCCUGCUUAGCUGCCGCCACCUUGGGAUUGAGGGUGUGCAUCGACUUGGGAUUGGACAAAAAGGAGAUUAUGGUCGGCACCGACCACAGCAUCGUAUAGCAGAUUUUUUUGCUCUCUUUGUCAUGCACGAAUUGCAGUAUUGUAUAUCAUUGUCAUGCGUGUUCGCCAAAGAAAAGUUUUUGAUUCUCAAUGACAGCCGCAAUCGACAAGAACCAAAUUCGCAAUUCUAAGUACCCAAAUUAAUACUCAACUAUCAGGUGGAAGCCCAGUUUAACAACAUGUCGCGUAAGAUUGCCGCGGAUUUGAAACCCAUUGUGGAAGUACUGGAUGACUACCGCGCCCGCUUGCAGUACCCGGUCCGUGUCACGCAGACAACUGCCCACGAAAACCAGGCUACCGAGGUCGCCCGCGCCUGCCGGCAGAACGGUUAUUCCACGGUGGGGGAUCGCCGGUUGUACGAGGCGUGUCACUAUGCAUUGCAGAUAUGUCUGGGUCUGGAAAUUUGUGUUGCUGAAGCUUUCAUCACAGAGUACUAGCCGCGUGUCCUGCAUAACAGCAUCAGAAAUUUUGCGAGGCUUAUUUUUGCAGGUUCAUUUGCAGAACGCAUGACAAACUGAGAAGUUUCACAGCAUGACAAAUAGCUGGCCAAUCGCAUUUAUGCACUACAAAUGCUUGUUGUCCUUCACAUCCCGCAUCACAAAUUGAGAGAACCCAGACAUGUUUGCAGUGGAUAGCCAGCAGGCGGUGGAGGCCCGCGGCAACCCGGGUGGUUUGAACGCCCUGAAGCAGAUCACAAUUAUGCAAUGCAAACGGUGGCCUAGCGCACUUUUAGGCGCUUACUACUCGCAGUGGUCUUGCAUGACAAAUAUCGCUGCUCUUAAGGUGAAGCCUCAUUACAAAUUUUGUUUCUGACUGUACUAAGGAAAUUAUUUGUCAUGCGAUUUUUUGUACAACUCCUAGUGCGAUAGUUGUACUUUUUGCAAUGCAUAACAAGUAUCAACCAGCAAUACGGACAGUACUAUGCCGGUGGCCAGAACUAUCACAGGAAAAAAGUCUUACAGUUACACAUUUGUUGUAAUUUCAGCAUCACAAAUUUGCUCUGCAUGGCAAAGAAAACUUGUAAUGCGCAGACUACAAAGGAAAACACGAAUGAAGUGACGCUGGCAAGCGUUUCCUGCAUGAAAGAGGUUGUUUGUCUUGCUUGUCUUGCAUGAGAGUGUGUAACUGUAACACUUUUUUCUCACGAUAAGAACCCCGCUAUCCAGGACGCGUAUCCAGGAAAUCCGGGCAUGCAGCAACCGGUAUGACAGUAGAAAAAGCUACACCAAUGCAUAAAUUUGUCAUGCAAAAACAAAUACACAAUACGAAAUCUCUCAUGGGCAAGUAGCAUGAUGGUGUUUAUUGUUUAUGCAACACAGAAUUUUUCAUGUACGUGUCUCUGCAUUACAAAUGUGCUAUGUGGUAUAGCUUUUUUCUUUUCGAUAACCGGGCGGCCAGCAGCAGUACCCGGCGUUGACCUACCAGCCAAACAGCGGGAUGAGCGGUGGUCCCCCGAGCGGGCAGCCCCAGCAGCUCGGACAGCCGGGCGGCAAGCCGGACCAGAACAUGAUGAAGGGUGGCAACCUAUUACAAUGAAAAAUGCCCCCACCCCCAGCUUGGCAGCAUUUGUAUUGCAAACCUUUCCAAGAACAGGAACAUGCGCCGUCUUGCAUAUCUCAGCAUCACAAAUUUUGCAUGCUGAAUAGGUCAAAUUUGUGUUGCGAAGUAGCGCAACAGCUGCAUGCGGUUCUGUUAUGCACAAGGGUCCUUGCGCACCCAGAUUCUGCAUCACAAACGCUUGCUAUCCUUUUAUGCAAGACAAAAAGCUUUCAUUUGGAAGCUUUGCAUGACAAACUUCUGCAAAUUCCGUGGUGGGGGCAUUUUUCACUGUAAUACAACCCGCAGAUGGGCGGUGGUCCGCCGGGCGGCAAGGGUCCGCAGAUGGGUGGUCCUCCGCAGAUGGGACCGGGCGGCAUGCAGGGUCCUCCGGGCGGCAUGCAGGGUCCCCCGAUGCAGGGCGGUCCGCCGAUGGGCAUGCAGGGUGGUCCGAUGGGUGGUCCGCCGAACAUGGGUCCCCCGGGCGGCAACAUGGGUCAGCAGUUCGGCAAGGGUGGUCCCCCGGCGGGCCCCCCGCAGUUCGGCGGCAAGAUGGGUCAGGGUCCCCCGGUAUCCUUUGUAAAAACGUCCCCACUCCAUAGUUGUCAUGCAAAUGUGCAAUGACAGGAACAUUUGUGAUGCGCAGCUCCAUAUUAAGAGACAUUUAUAAUCGUGUUUUGGAACUUCAACUUGCAAUGCUGUCGACAGGAUGAGAAGAUGGCUUUCUCAUGCGGCUUCCCUUGUCCACCAGCACUACUUACCAUGCAGUAGAGGGAAGCUUGUCAUGCACAGCUCCCAAAGCUUGGAGAUUUGUAUUGGUAGAUUCCCAACUUGACUAUGGGGCGCGGACGUUUUUGCUCAGGAUAUCCGGGCGGCGCACCACAGCAGUUCCAGCAGCCACUAUCAAGUGCAAAUAUGUCUGGGUCCGGAAGAGGACAAGUUUGUCAUGCACAUUUUCCAUGAUCCAUUACGUCUGUUAUAUAUGCCCUAGCAUCACAGAUUUUUUGAGCGCUUAUAAUCGAUGCGCAUCCCGCAUGACAUGUAGCCAAACUUGACUUCUCUUACUGCUCAUGCAAUACAGAUUUUUUUUAGCAUCCAAAUGCAGCAUCACAAGUUGCACUGUUCCAGACCCAGACAUAUUUGCAAUGCAUAGCCACCACAAGCCUACUACAACCAGCAGUAUGGUGGGGGACAGCAGUACCGCUAA